GCACUUUCAGGUAGGCCGGAGUGAUGAAUCCUGCCUAAAACUGUGAAAAGCUGUUGACCACCAGUGUAAGCAAUACUGAGCUAGGUGGACCAAGAGACUGACUCAAUUUAAGACAGCUUCCUACAGUAUCCCCAUCUGUUUCCCAGCGAUUAGCCAGAUGCCCUAAUGGAAGGCGGAAGCAGUGCAAAAAGCCGCCGACGUUGACUAUCAGAGAUAACGAUUGAAGUGACCAAUAUAUAUUCCGUGGCGAGGCUUUCUAGCCCCCAAACCUUAAUACUAGCCGCGGAACUGUAGAGCCCUAAGAGAGGCCAGAGCUGAAAUGGAUGUAUCCGCCACAUUAGCGAAAACUGUUUCACGCAAAUCAGAGGAGGUUGAGCCGGGAGGCUCUCCACGUUCAAACAAGGCGCUUGCCAGCAAGCUUCUUCGGCUCUCUGCGGCCUCAGAAACGGGACACUGGAGCUCCGUGCAAAGCCUGCAGUCCUGUGUAUGUCCAAAGCACUGGGAUAUAUUUCCGAGUAAACUUGCUUAAGAUUGAGCUUGCUAGGAAAGCACGUGCUCUGUACGGACUUGGCCCCGCUACUGUCAGGCUAGCCCCCGGCAAUUCGCAAAGACGCUUCAGUCGCCCUGACAGCUGGUUUUUUCCUCGAAGGACGGGAAGGCUUCGCUUCUUGGGCUGUGGGCAAGUUCCGUAUCCAGAACGGAACUUUAAAGUUCGCCAAUACGACCCAGCCGGACGCAUGUCGUGAGCACAGCCGCAGCGGUGACUAGGCAGGCGUCUGACGUCAUCACUACCUGCCACGGCGCAGUCUCACCGCUAAUCGUGUGACACCGCUACAGAUACUUCCGCGGAGGAAACGAGUUCUGGGGCCAGUUACCGCGGUUCCAAGCGCCGAGCAUUGUCUGGCCACGAAACGCGCCGGCCGGCGGCGACGGAGGACGCAGCAACGUUAAUGGAUGCAGCAGGCUAUCGCCGCGCCGUGCUCUGAGAGAGGGCAGUCAGUGAGUCCCGGUCUCCAGAUUCCUCCGCCUGCGGUAUCGGUGCUGAGGCCGCGCCGCCGCCAUUUUGGAUGCCAGGCUCUAGCUACUGCCGCCGCCACCUUCGCCGUAGGGAUCCGGCCCGGUGAGUGCCGCGCGGGGAGAGAGGAGGCGCUGCCAGGCAGGGUAGGUGUUGCUGCUGCUGCUUCUACUUCGGCAGUAGGAUCCUAGGCCCGCCGCCGCUGCCCGGGGCAAGGCCCAGCCGCCGCCGCCUCCCGCCCCGCCUCCCGGGACUGACUGAGCCUUGCCGCCGAGGGCCCGGCCGCUUUCCGGUCGGUGGGUGGGUCGGCUGGCUAAGGGGAGAGGCGCCGGUUCCUAGAGCAAGAAGGGAGCGCGCUGCCGUGUUCCGCGUGGGUUGCUGCCGUCUGACUUGCCAGCUGGCUCGUGAGGCCUGGCGGGGCUGCUGCCCCUGCCGGAGCGGCCCUUCACCCUCCCGGGCAGGAGGUGGCUGUUUCUCCGUCCGCUUCCCUUCUCCGCGCCGCCGAGCAAAGGCCAGCCUAGGCGGUGCUCCUUAGCCCAUGACUUCCCUCCCGCUAUUCGAGGCGUUUUUCUCUUCGCCCGGCCAGUUCUGUCUCUGCUGUCGGCGGAAGUGCCUGUGGCCUCUUCUGUUAUAGACGAGGAGAGUCUUCUCCGCGCGCCGCGCCGGAGUUCACCCCCGUACAGCUCGCCCGGGCUUCCGACGAUCGGAUCGGCUCCUAUCCGAGGCCUGAAGAAAGAGACUCGCCUCGCCCCUUGACAGGCCUUGUGAGCAAGGGGCUUAGGAACACCUCGUCGGGGAGAGAGACUGAGAGUCACUCCCGAUUACGGCAGGGUCGACACUAGGAAAAGGCUCAAGGCUGUUGGAUGUGGAUUCCAACGCUUUGCAAAGAAUGCCUGUUCAGUGAGCGCUGGGGAAAGGAAAGGCCAAGACCACGGGUGGGUGCGGGGAAGUGAGAGGGCAGUCCAGCCAGCUGGCUCACCUGUCAACUUGACCUGAAGAAGCCAUUGCAGUUCCCUUUUUUUGCCCUCCUGUUGAGAGGGAAAUAUUUGUUUAUUUUUAUUUAACCAAAGUUUUAUUCCAUUUCAUUGUAAGAAUUUCUAAGGGUCUUACAAAUGAGAUAAGCUGCUUUCCUGCUGAGGUUAAUGAUUGUGAAGGAGUUAUCUAGCAGUACUCUUGUAGAUGAGUAACAGUUGGAAGAGGGUUACUCAACAUCUGCAGACCUUCUGAAACUUAACUUUAUUUUAAUAUGGAUAUUCCUGCCCAUAUCCUUAGUUGCUUCAGCUUGAUUGCCCAGUUUUCUGUCGCCUAGACUGGAACUCCUUGUAAGAAACCCUUUGUGACAAUCUCUUUCUCUUCUCUUCAAACACUUCCUCAAAACACAUUUUCACUUUGAAGCCUGUUGUUUAAUGCCUUUGGUUUCACCUUCAUUGUUGCAACAUGGAGUAUUUGCUCACAUUUCUCCUUCAUCUGCCAUUUAAAAUUUAGAAACUGUAAGCUCAUGUUGAUGUGAUUCUCUGCAAAGCAUCAUGUGGAAUGAUGGUGCUACCUUAUAACUAAUGAUUAACAGAACCUGUCUGACAGAGGGCCUCUCUUUUAUAAAAUGUCUAACUAGUGUAUGCUGAAAAUCCUGUGUGUCUCUUGAAAGAAAUUGUGACAAUUGGGCAAAAUUGUUACAUUGACUAAGUUUGGUGUAGUUCAAAGAUAUAUCAUGAGAUGGAAGAUUUGCUUUUAAAUAGUAUUGCAGAUGGAGUAUGCUUGUCUUUUGUCUGAAUACAGUGGUCUUUACCUUUGUUGAAUUUCUGUUGGCUAUGGGCAAGUGUCCAAAAUUAGCCAGGUGCAUUUUGCACCUGACUAUUGACCACUCACAACCAUGAGUUAUAUUUUAUCUGCAGAAUCAGAAUGAAUUUCAGGAACUAAAAUGCUUUUACUGUGCAGCCUGAGCAGGAGCAACGUUAGUUAAUUAUUGUAGUUUGUCUUCACUUACCCCACCCCACUGACCUUGUCACAGUUGUGAAGAACAUUCCUACGUUAUGAAUGGUCAGUGUCACCAUUAAGAAAAAGAUGUAGGAAUAGGCCAAUAUGUAUGUGGACUGUCCCUGCAUCAAGUGACUUUUCUUCUUUAAGUUCUCAAAGUUCUUAACCUAGUUCAAGGUAGUCAUCUGAACUAGCCAGGUGUUUCACUGAUAAUCAAUCACAAUUAGUCCAUCAUUUGAAAAAUAAGACUUUAGAGCCAUCUUACCCUCAAAUGGCAACUAGAUAUUCCGUUUUGGUGACUAACCUUGGUUUAAGGAGCCGUUUGGCACUUAACUUACAUAUCAUAGUUUCUAACACUGCUGUGAGCUUAUUCUGGAUGUUUUUGCAUUGGUAGUACACUUUCUUUCCAGCAGUAUGGUUGCACUGUUACUGUUUUUGUUAACAAUGUCUGGCUGUUAAUUCAGGGUGUACCUGCAUUGAGGUGGUGAAUUGCGUUCUGUGUCUCUCCUCCCAAACAUAGUUAAUAAACUUUACUUUGUGUGUUGGCUUGCAUGUUGAUCAUCUUAUGGCAGAGUUGGAUUUUAGGAGUAGUUGCAGGUAUUUUUGAACCAAAGACCUGUUUUUUGUUUUUUCUUCAGCUUGGGCAUCUUCUGAGAGUUUUUUUGGGACCUGCAAUCAGAAACUGUUUGUAAUCUGAACAAUGCUGUCUUGAGACCUCUUGCUGCCUGAGGUAGAUCUCAAAUUUCUGUUCUGUAGGGCUAACCCUGUACCAUUCAAACAGCAGUACAGCUUCCGUCUAGCUUUGGCCACCUCCAUUAUGCUGCCUGAAGUGCGCUGCUUCAUCCUGCUAUGUAUCAGGGCCCACCCUAAUUGUGAAAGUUCCGUUAAGAGUGUUGCUACUUUGAAAGAGUUCUUAUAUUUGGUUUAUCUUGUGACUCAUACCUUGGAGUACCUGAAGAGAGGUGGGGUCAACUUUAGUAUAGCAAGAUGAGCUUUAGGACAGCCUUGCAUGUAACAACUCACCUGGUAGUCAUAGGCAACAAGAAAUUCCAUCCUGGUGAGUGAAUGCCACAUUAGACAGAUAGCUAUCAGAGCAUUUCUUACUAAACAUCUGUUUACCAGAGAUUAUUUUUAAAAUGUCAUAGACUUAAUAAAGGCACUUGUGGUAUGUUGGCUACUCUGGAAGGUUGUGAUUCACUAAGAAGCUCUUCCAAAGCGUCUUAGUAGAAGUUAGAUCAUGAGUACUUCUGGAUCCUAGAAGCAGCCUGAGAGCCUCCUUCUUAACUGGGAGCUUUGGAUGGAAACUCAAGCUGGCUCAUGAAACAUGGAAGGAGCUGGCUCACUGUGGGUCGUGUGCUUGCUCUGAUCCACCAGGAUCCUCCUGUGUAAUUAUGGCAACAGCUUCCUUUCCUAAGGAAUCCACACAGAUUUGGCAGUAAGUGGGUUGGAAGGCACGAGAUGGAACAAGACUCUCUAGCAGGCAUGGGUCUACCCUGGUUAGCACUUGGGAGAAGGGAAAUAAUUCUGCUUCUCUGUCGCCAGAAGAUCAGACCUGGAAGUCUGGUCAGUCUCUAUUAUCCUGCAACACCUGCAGUUUGUGCUGUGGUUUAUUUUCCAUAAACCACCUUAGAUACUCUGUGGAGGGACAUAAAUCAUCUAAUAACAUGCAUGAAGGAAUAAUGGCAUGGGGAAGGAAUUCGGCUCAGUAGUGGAGCACCAGCUUUGCAAGUAGAAGGUACCACGGUCAAUCUCCAGGUAGGGCUGGGAGAAACCCCCUACCUGAAAGCCUGGAGAACAACUGCUAGUCAAUGUGGACCGUCCUGAGCUUGAUGGACCAGUGGUCUGACACAAACAGAAGGCAACUUACUAUGUCCUUAUGUUGGUGGCAAAUGUAAAUUGUGGAAUGAAAGAAUAUAUAACCGUAAAUAUUCCCUUAAUGAGAAGCCUCCAGUUUGGAGACUGGUGGCUAUAGAGAGCUCUGAUGAGAUCUCUCUGCCUGAACAGAGUCCUCUGCUUUCAACCAGCACAUGGACCCAUCUGUGAAGGGAGGCUGCAGACUUCUUGUCGAUUUCAUAUUGUGUUGCGUGGGGCAGUGUUAGAGGAGUGUCUUGGGAAGCAUGUUUGUUCUCAGUAGCAGAAAAGGAGGCUUUUGAAGAAGGGGAAUCAUUUUUGCAUGUUGAUUUGGAAGCAAAGUCCAGAAAUAUAGUUAAUAGAAUGAGGUUGGUUGGAUAAAUGUAAAAUCACCCAGUAAACAGGACCGGGAUAGGGGAACUAUUUCUGCUAGCAGGAAUGAAAAUAGCCAUUUGAUCCCAAGAAUGGGCUUGAGAGCACAUUAUUAGAGUUCAAGAAAACUUGACCUAGAGUCAGUCCCUACCUGGAUGGUUUGGAACUCCAUGGAAUCAGUUCAUCUGUAGGUGACUGCCUGCUUGCUGCAGAUGCUGCUGAAGGGAAGCCCUGCUCUGGGCUCCACCUAUGGCAUGUGGACAUAUGCGGUUAGGCUUUCUUGGUGAUGGUGGAGGCUCCCUGGUUAUGAGACUCUUCUCCAUGGACUCAGCCGAUGGCCUCCUUUUUCUCUUCAGGCAAAAGGUCAGAACAAUAUGGCUUGAGCCAUGCAUUUUUCAGAUGUUUUUCCUCUGUGUGUGCCUUGGAUUUUUAUAUUGCUGCUGCAUUAGAGUGAGUUGUACUGUUUUAUUGUUAUUAGGAUUUAUGAUGGUGGUUCAGUGGUUUGAACAUUUUGUUUUGGGAUGGAAAAGUGGGAAAUCAAUGUUAAAGGGAAAAAAUUAAUGCUGAAGUUUUCAAAUAAUAAUAAUGCCCCACCCAUCCGGCUGGGUUUCCAGCGCUUAAAAAAACAUAAGAUGUCAAGCAUAAAAAACUUCCUGAUACAGGGCUGUCUUCAUAAGUGAAAGGUUCAUCAGAGACCAUGUCUUUCCCCAACUGCUGACUACAGUCUCCUUGAAGGUAGGACUGUUCAGCCUACCAAACAGAUGCAGUUCAGAAUACCUUGGAAGAUGGUGGCCAUCCAGCUUCUGUUUUAAAACCUUCUGGGGCUGGUGUGUGUAGUAAUAGGUGUCCUCCAUCCAUCUGCAAGAGGUUGUACUAGGAUGAUUUGUGAGGUCCCCUUCCAGCUCUGUAGCUAGCAGCAGCAGCAUGACCUGAAAGGCAUGUGUCCUUCUUUUGUUUCUCCUACUUGACAGCCACCUUCUUUUGAAGGUGGAUGUGAGGAGGCCCUUACAAAAUCAGCUUGGGAAACCAAUGGGCUGGCACAAGUGUAUUUCACAAGCAAUAAGAGAGAACUUGCAGUGGUUUCUGUAGCUUGUUGAACAUCUAACCACAUUUUGUAGUUUUUAUGAAAUGCAUCAGUCAAAAAUGUAGGCAUCUACAGAUGCUGAGUGCUCAGUCUAGAGCUGCGUAGUUUAGAAUUUCUGUCCGUUAUUUAUUGCACAACCCUUAACAAGUGUAAUCUCUGAAUGGAUUGGUGUAGUCACAGUUUGAAUGCUCAACUAAAAGAGAGCCACAGCCCACUGUAAUGUGACUUGUACUGAUGAAGCACCUUUAGAAGAGGCCUUGAGUUGGGCUACCUAGCUUCUUCCCACGGUUUUAAAUAACAGCAUAGACUUUUCCUGGGUUUCAUCGUUUGGGCUCAGUGGCUACCCGUUGGGCCUGCAAGUGCAUUUGGAAUCAGCUCUGGGUUCGGUCACAUGUGAGAAGCAGCAGCAGUGCUGGUGUCCAUUGAGUGCUGGGCUCAGUUUUUAGUCAACCACUGGGCUGGGAGUAUACUGGAAGUAGUCUGCUUAAGACUGUACUGGGAAAGUGGGGGAGGGGAUGUCCCACCCCUCUGGAACUGUCCCACUCAGGCUCUGCUGUCCUUGCUUUGAAAAGGCCUGAGAAACAGCCAUAAUGAAGAGCCUGAAAGGGGCAGAGCUGUCUGGACGAAAAGGAAUUGAAUGAAACCCUGAUUGUCUCCAUCAGGUCCUCAGGAGUAAGAUGUCAUGUCAGCAUGAAAAUUGUCUUCACAAUGUUAAUGACACUUUCUUGCUCAUGUUUAGCUGUGCUAAUUGAAACUUAGGUUUGCAUGUUUGACUGGUCUAAAAAUGUGUCCACUCUGUAAGUAUUAUUACAUCAUGGUAACAGUAAACUUAGAUAUGAUUUACUGUGUAUGAGAUGUAUUUACAGACACAUGCAUUUUAAAUUCCAAAGAACAAUACAGUCGUACCUUGGUUCUCGAACAGAAUCCGUUCCGGAAGUCCAUUUGACUUCCAAAAACGUUCAAAAACGGAGGCAUGGCUUCUGAUUGGCUGCAGGAGCUUCCUGCACUCAGUUGGAAGCCGCAUAAGCUGCACUGGAUGUUUGGCUUCCAAAAAAGUUUGUAAAUUGGAACACUUCUGUAUUUGCGCGUUCGGGAGCCAAAACGUUUGAGUCACAAGGCAUUUGAGAACCAAGGUACAACUGUACAAUAUCAGAAUGACCAUUCUCAUUCGUAAAAGUAAUGUACAUAUUAGUAUUAUGCAGUAGUGUAUGCUGGGCCUUGAAAAUAAUACUUUUUCCUCCUGACUUGUGGAUAAUUUAUUUCAGUUUGUUUGGCAGAUAAACAGACCAGGGUAGCAGAGAGUGACCCAUGCAUUGGGGCCAAAGGCUGCUUUGAAAUAUAAUGGGAGUUUCCUUUAGUUGAAAAGCAAAUCCAGAGUGAAGUACAGUGGUACCUCGCAAGACGAAUGCCUCGCAAGACGAAAAAGGCGCAAGACAAAAGAGUUUUUCAUUUUUUGAGUUGCUUCGCAAGACGAAUUUCCCUAUGGGCUUGCUUCGCAAGACGAAAAACGAAAAUGUCUUGCAAGUUUGUUUCCUUUUUCUUAAAACCGUUAAUACCCUAUGGGAAACCGUGCUUCGCAAGACGAAAAAUUUGCAAGAUGAAAAAACUCGCAGAACGAAUUAAUUUCGUCUUGCGAGGCACCACUGUAGAAUAUUUGGGUUUGAGCCAGAGGUGUUCCUGUGGUUUGCUAGAUCCUAUAAAUAAGCCUUCACCUUGGGGCCGGCAGAUUCAGAUGCUUUUAUGGCUGCAUAAUUUGGUUUGCUUCAAUCUCAGGUUUGUUUUCACAAGCAGGGCUUAAUCCAAGGCUCAGGAAGGUUGUGUAGGGUCGCUGAUUAAUCUCGGACUUUUGCCUUAUUUGGGGAUGGCAGAAGGAGGGAGGAGGCUCCUAUCUGUGCUGGUAUGCAAAUUUAGGCAGAAAUUCCUGGUGAUUGGGGACCAGCCACAGGAAGAAAGAAACAGUUUCUUGGGUUUGCCAUGAGAGGUGAGCUGUGUUUGUUGUAAAGAGCACAUGCAGUCAGUUUAUCACCAGCCUUAGUCUGCCACCCAUUCCACCAUGCAGUAGUGGAGACAGAGCUGCAGCGAAUACAUCAUUACAUACCUUGGCAACAGAGCCAUAUCUCUUUCCUUACUACAGAUAUCUUAAGCCACUUGGCAGGGAAGACAGACUUUUUGAGGCUGAAGUAUUCUGGAGUCCCAGCUGUGGCAGAGAUGGCUGACUUGGGAUAAACAACGUGGAUUGAACCAUAGAGAGUUCUGUCAGUAUAACCAAUGCCAGCUUGGAGACCCUACCAGCCUCUCUCUACGGUUUCUCAUGGUGUACUGUUUUAAAGACUUAACUGCUGAGGUUUAAUUCCCUGCUCACUAUCUCUCCCUCCCCCCAUUAUCUUUUUUCUCAGAGGAUGCCAGCCCCCAUCAGACUCCGGGAGCUGAUCCGGACCAUCCGGACAGCACGGACCCAGGCAGAAGAAAGGGAGAUGAUCCAAAAAGAAUGUGCUGCCAUCCGAUCGUCUUUCCGAGAAGAGGACAACACUUACCGCUGCCGGAAUGUGGCCAAGUUGCUCUACAUGCACAUGUUGGGCUACCCUGCACACUUUGGACAGGUAGGCCCUCUUCUUUUCAUCAGUAGUGGCAGCAGCCCUUUUGCAAAUUCCUAGCUUUGGAUGUUUGGGGGAGGCUCAUCAUGCUGGCAAAGUGCCUUCAGAGUUGCAACCUGUAGGAAACUGCACAGUUGUCUUCCUCUUGCUGCGUAUUACUAACUCAAGUUCUUUCUUGGGCUGGAAAUCCUUUGUGGAAGAGAAAUAUUUUCAUGUGCCUCACAGAAACCUAAGGAGGAGCAUAUCACAAUCCUCAUGGUUUUAUUCCAUCAUUUUAUUGUAGCAAAGGAUAUAUUUUGUGAUCUUUAAAGUGUCCAAGUCAUUCCUUAACUUUUUCCAAGAGCUGUUCUACUCUGUUUUGUUGCCAGGGAGUUCAUCUCAUGGCAUUAACUUUUGCUUUCUAAGUUGCUUGUAAAUUGACUGGUGUGUGUGGUGUGAUAGAAGGUUCACAGGAAGACUUAUGAGAGGUCUUAGUUUCCAGAUGCUGGUUCUGCAUGUGAUGAGCAGAAGUUUCAUGAUGGAGCUCUCCAGCCACACUGCAUGUCUCUUUCAUAGUGCAUCAUCCCUCUGUUGGGAAUUAAAACCAAUGGGCUAUUCAAUCCUCUGGGCUCUGUGCAAGGGCACAAGGCUAGGGGGACAAAGGGAUAAUGGGCAGCUCUGCUAUGGGUAGGGAAGGUGUGGCUGUGUUCUUGCUUCUUUGCCAUGUUUCUGGGCCAUUCAUUUGAGAACUGGAAAGGCAACCAGACCAGCAAAAGGCCCUUCCUGAGCCCAAGCUACCAAGUAAAAAGGCCUGAAAGAGUGGGCCGUGGGAAAAGCGUGGCUUGUUUCUCUUGCUCCAGCUGAAAUGGGAUAUAUUGGUGUCAAAGUUGCUCCUCCUCUGCUCAGCUAGAUCAAGGGAGCAGUUCACCCAGAUCAGGUUACUGAACUGAGCUCUGCAUGUAGGAAGCAGGCAGGCAUUUGAACAGGCUGUGUACAGGUAGAAAGCUUUCUCCUUUCCGUCCAAGCCUGAAGUGCUGCUGCUGUGCCUUGUCUUCCUUGCAUACCAAGAUGGAGAGUUCGUUCAGAACACCAGGAAGGCCUAGGAGGUGGGCCACAAGCUCUUGGCAUAAUUGCCUCUUCUUCAGCAGAUGUGUUUUUCUGCUAGACCUCAUACAGGAGUUUCAUAGAAUUGUAGAGUUGGAAAGGACCCUGAGGAUCAUCUCGUCCAACUCCCUUCAGUGCAGGAAUAUGCAACUAUCCCAUAUGGAGAUAGGAACUUGUGACCUUUGUGUUACUAGCACCAUGCUCUAACCAACUGAGCUUAUCAACCUAACCUGAAACUUUAGCCUAAGCUGGGUGCUGCGUGAUUGGGAAAUAACUGGCUUUAGAAAGCAGAAUGAAUGGAUUCUUUAAAAGCAGCUUUGCCAUUGCUCUUCUGCAGUUGUAAAGACUGGACAGAUCCUGUAUAGAUUCAUGCUGUGGUGCUGAAGAGAUUGUGAGUGAAGCAUUAUCCUGCCAUCAUUUCCCCACCAACCUUAAUGACAGGGAAACUUAGACCAGCACCAACAUUCUUCCUACAGACAGCCCCAAGGCUAAUUGGGACUUGCUUUUAGCAAGGAUUUGCGAGCAAAGUCAAACCUUGAUUUUAAAUCACAUUUCAGAUCCUGUGAGGCAUUUAGCUGCCACAGAAGUGCUCAGUUUUAGGAUCCAUUUCAUUCUCAUGGCUGAACCCAUGUACUGAAGGGGAUUUAAGUAAUGGCGUGUCUGAGCAUUGUAGUAACUGUGCUGAGCCCUGGUUGAACCCUCAGGUUUCAUUACAGACUCAGUUGUCCACAGCUACAGUUCAUUCUUUUCUUUCGACCUUUCUCAUCUGGCAUCCCUCACAACCCGAAGUCAAAAAUUGUUGUCACCAGGUUUUUAACUCCCACCACUGUCUUUCCUGCAGGAAAAGCAAGUGGGAAUAUCCUGGCUAGCGCACUGCUGGACAGAGGUGCCCUGAGCACCUCCACCUGCUGCCACCCCCACCCCCUGCAAGAAAGGCCACUUAUUUGGUCACUGCUCAGGGUGCCUCCAGCCAGCAGCAGCCACUGCCAAGGAAGCUUCAUGCUGGUCUCUCCUCAGGGGAGUGCAGGAGAGCAGCUUGGUGCUUGGAGGUGAGAUGUGCUCGACACCUUGACAGUGAAGCAACCCAACAACUGUCAGUCUUCUUUCCAGCCUCAGAGUCAUGGAGUGAGUUGGUAGUAAGGCUAAUCAAUCACCAGGGUGUGGUAGCACAGUUGCCAUGGUGAAUGUGACAAAAAUGUUGGAAGCAUUGGGGAGAGUCACUCCCUCUGGCUUCUCUGCCCCCUCUUGCAGUUGGAGUGCCUCAAACUGAUUGCCUCUCAGAAAUUCACGGACAAACGCAUUGGUUACCUUGGAGCCAUGUUGCUGCUGGAUGAGAGGCAGGACGUCCACCUUCUCAUGACCAACUGCAUCAAGAAGUAAGGCCUUUUUCAUUUCUAGGGUGGGAAGAGAGCUAUUCUGCAAAGGUGGACCUGCUGACAGGGCUUGGAAUAUUCUUGUUGAGCCUUGAAGUUCAGCACACCUUAGUCAUGCACCCUCCUCUGAGGAUUGCAGCCAGAAAGUGGUGGUGGUGGUUUAGGAAGGCAGGUAAUAAGCUGCUUGCCUUGUAGAGCUGAAGCUACCUUCUAUGGGAGCAGUUAAGAUGCACCACCAUGCUGCAGAUAGCUCUCAUCCUUGUUGCUGUGUGUCUCUGGACCUGGAUCUGUAGAGCUAUGGAAGGCAUCUGGGUGGGAGUAUCUGUAAUAUGACUUCAGUAGACACUUAAGUCAUUUUUUCUGGUGUUGUAGAGAUGCCACUGAACUUGUGGGGCAUUUGACCACAGAUGAGUUAGUGUGCUGGACACAGUUGCGUUGUCAUUGACUGAGACAAGUGUUGGUUGUUCUUUGUUCCUUGGAAAGCAUUCUAGCCCAUUGCUAUCCCCAGGGUUAUCUGACACACUGUCAGCUUGAGGCCGACUGCUUUGUAUCUGGGAGUGCCUUAUCCCAGCCAUUCCUUGCAUUGCUGCUUUCUCUCUCUUCCAGUGACCUUAAUCACAGCACACAGUAUGUGCAAGGCCUGGCACUCUGCACCCUGGGCUGCAUGGGCUCCUCUGAAAUGUGUCGUGACCUAGCCGGGGAGGUGGAGAAGCUCCUGAAAACCUCCAAUUCUUACUUGAGGAAAAAGGUAUUUAUUUAUUUAUUGGACAAAGGUACAACUUUAGGAGACCCCCUCCCCAAAAGGAGGGGGAGUCCUCUAGAUCUGUUGAACUGUAAGCUCUUCCCUUUUCUUACAUUAAGAUUGUGGUUUGCUUCCUCUCAAAUGUCAGCAGGAAGUUGCACUGCCCAGAUCUUUGCAAGGAGUUUUUGACUGGCCUUUGGCAGAGGGUGGUCUCUUUGUGCCCACAAUUAAGACUUACCAGGACUAGAGUUAAAAUGCAAAUAAAGUACAUAGUGUUUCUCUCUCGAGGGAUCCCCUUUUAGGGGUCUCUGUGUAGAGGGCUGCCUGCACAUCUGCUGACCACUCCCCCUUCCACCCCCCAAUUCUUCCAUAGGCAGCCCUGUGUGCUGUUCACGUCAUCAGGAAGGUGCCUGAGCUCAUGGAAAUGUUCCUGCCAGCCACAAAGAACCUGCUGAAUGAGAAGAAUCAUGGUAAGGCCUGCUGUGGCAAGGGAAGGCCAAGGCACUAUGUAUUUUUGGGGUGGACUAAAGAAAUAUGAGGACCUGAAGGGCUAUGAUAAGAAAGCUUGGGCAGUUUGGAAUGGCAUAGAAAUCCUCAUGUAGAUAAAUGCCAUGUGCAUCAAGGCCAGGAGCCAAGCAUACUUUUUGUGUUUCUAUGCUCUGAAACUCAGUUCUGGUGGACUCAUUGCUUGCACCCUCCUUCCCUUAGAACAGUGGAAGCUACCUUGCACUGAGUUGGCCCACUGGGCCACCUAUCUUAGGUGACUAACUAGGUUUGGAACAGCUGGGUUUGGAACAGGGAGCUUUCCCAGUCCUACCUAAUGGUGGCAGGGAUUGAACCUGGGACACCUUCCACUGAGGUACUUUUGGUCAGGGGAAUGAAGGAAGUGAAGGAAGCCAGAUCCCAUAACAGGGAGUGCAGUCAAGCUCAGGAAGGGAGGGGAGUGGGGUUAAUGGAAGGAGACUCUUGACUGCUCGGUCAGAACAAAACCUUACCUAUUCCAGUAUCCUGUUCUCAUAGUGGCAAGCCUGGUGCCACAAGCUGGACAAGGGCACAACAUUGCAUUCUUAGCAACUGAUAUUUAGAGGCAUAGCCCCUCUGAAGUAGUAACAGUAUGCAGCCAUCAUGGUUUGUAUCCAGCAGUGGGCUUGCAAGCCUUAUGGGCUUGGCCCUUUGAGGUAUCUUGUGAGCUAGUGAGUUCCAGCCUGCUGCAGUGUGUGUUGUUGGCAUGAAGGAGGCAUUAACGUGGGCAAUGGGGAGAGCCGGCUUCAGCCUACUCUGCAGCAUCGCCUUACUUGUAUUUUGGCUGUGGGGUUGAAGGAGAGAGGUGUUUGAGGCUCCCUUUACUACCAAGCUUUGCUCAUGUUUCUACAGGCUACAGAGCUCAGUUCAGUGCUGUCUUUGGAGGGGUCUAAAGAGUUCCUUGCAGCUUAUCCUUUUAUCAGCAGUUUCUCAUAGGGAAAAGUAAAAAGGCCUGGCUGCUUUGGCCUAGGAUUGAAGUCUCUCUGCUUUUUCAUCCACAACCACUUCUGGCUUCCAUACAGAGGAUUAUCUUGUGUAUUGAGGAUCCUGGCCCAGAAGUGCUGAGGCUCAGAGGGCAGGUUGCUGGUUAGAAGCUGCCAAGCUGCUGCCUUAAAAGCUUGCAGUCUCUCAUAGUCCAUCUUCAGCUGUGGCGAGUCCUUGAUGAUGGCCAUGUAAAGCAUAGGUUCCUUCUUCUCUUUUCCUGGCAGGUGUUCUUCACACCUCUGUGGUCCUCCUUACGGAAAUGUGUGAGAGAAGCCCAGACAUGCUAGCCCAUUUUAGAAAGGUAAGUCCUUGUCGACUUGUCACCCUAUUGCAUGUGCCCCUCUGGGCAGAGUUUUGAGGCAGCUUGGCUCCUACCUUUGAGGGACUGACGUCGGUGUCAGUUUCCAGUCGCUGAUGGGUUGGCCUUGCAGGAGAGAAGCAUGUGUCCUUCCUUGGCAAAAUAUCCAUUUGGUUGAAUGGAAGCCCUGCAGCUGGGAAGCCCCUGUGCUUAUGCCAGGGUAUGUCUUUUCUACCCUUCCUGUGGAACUGAGUGGCAGGGUGGUGCACUUGGGCCAGGCCACUCCAGCUGCUGCUCUUGCAGAGCACAUUCUGUGUUCUCCAUUUUAUAAAGUGAUACCACCUCAGCAAUGAUUUGAGGGGAGGGAGCCGAAAAUUCCUCAAAACCCAGGGAGAUCCUGAGCAAAGCAGGAGCCGCUGCUUCUCCAGCUGCUUAGCCAUGGAGAGGGCCACCUCUGCUUGCCAGCCUGCCUCCCAUUGUUGGGGCUGUGCCUGGAGAACUGUUGCCCAACACAGAAGGGACCUGGCCAGGGAGGUAGAUGAAGCUGUCGGUCCAGCUGGGGAGAGUUGAAUGCAGUUGUGCUUCAGGUGUUGUUGUCCUGGUUACCCUUCCUGCCCUUUGUUUUGCCGCUGCUGCUGGUGGAGGUGGAUGAGGUGGUUGAUGUUGUGAGCUGUUGCUCCUCUCCCUAACGCCUGCUUCAUCUCUUCUGUCCCUUUUGUCUGUUUGGAAUCCUGCUGUGGUGGGUUAGAAUGAAAAGGUAAGAGUCUCUCACUUUUUCUUCCUCCCCUAUGCCCCCCAUGCAUGCUUUCAUUGGGCCUGUUGAGGUUUGUGCCAAUCCACUGUUUACUGCACUAAUACUGCAGCUUGACUAAUUGUGUUUGUAGUUGAGUUUAUUAAUGCCCUGAUUAAACCUAAUACCUAAGGCAACCUUGGAUCUCUGUUACAGUCCUCUUGAAACUCAGGCUACAGUCUCCCUCUGCUACAGUUGGAUGGAUCUUUGAGGGAUGUGAGGGGGGUUUGCAUCUGUGCUGUUCAUGGUGGGUGUUUUCCAUUGGCUUGGUACAAGGCUUCUAUAAGGUGUGGGAUGGGUAGUAAGCAGAGAAGGUGGAAGAGUGAACCGCCCCUGUUCAGAGCAAUUUGCCUUCAUGCUGUGGGCAGCUGUUGAAGGCAGAGAUACUCCUCUUCCUUCCCUACUUGCUUCUGCUUGGCUGGAGACUGAUCUUUACAGCUGUUUCUGCUCCCCCAUGCUUGUCCCAUCAUCACUGGCUAUGACUUGUGCAUGGUUAGAGCAAAAUAAUGGUGGGUAUGGGAAGCCUCAGUGACAUGACUAAGCAGGGUUCCAAGCGAUGAGAUAUUGCAAUGAGAUUGAGCAAGAUCUCUGUCUUCCUAAAAGAUUGUCUCAAGUUUGUAUAUUUGGCCAGCUGCCAUAUCUUAGCAGAGUCUUUCAUUUAACAAAGGCCCUUUCGCUCUCUGCCCCUCAACUUGAGGCACUGAGAAGGAAAUCCUCUUUGGGGCUUUAUCCUGUCUUGGCACCAAGUUAAAGUUGUUAACCAAUUUAAAAUUACUGGGUUGUAGCCAAUGCUAGAGGAGACCCACUGAAAUUAAUUGACAUGAUUAAAGUAAGUCGGUUGAUUUCAGUGGGUGGACCAAGAAUAGGACUUGGAUAAACAACCCAUUUAGGUAUAAUGCAUCCAUUUAGCAGUUUUAAAAUUAUGCCCAAAUAUUUACAAUUCUUACUAACGUGCUCAAAACAGCAAAUGGUGCAGAAGUAGGGGGAUAGGCUGAGAGUGGAAUAGUGGAGGCCUCUGGUGGAUUCAGAGUUGACCUGGGAUUUUGUGUCAGGCUUGGUUGCUUCAUCCAAACAGAGCCUCUCCCCUGGGGGAACCACAUCAGCAUUCUAAGCUUGGAGACUUCCCUCUUAUUCCUGCCACGCCCACAUGCCUCUUUGUGGCCACAUAAGUGAGCACCAAGAGCAGGGGGAUCUCUGUGCUGGUGUGCUUUCUACUAACCACAGAAGGUUAAUAGGGUUGUAAAAGGAGACAGGCAAGGGAAAGAACCUACAGGGUUCUGGAAGUUGUAUGGUUGACUGUUAGAGCCUGGCUGUAAGUGGAUCAGGACAAAGAGGAACUAUAUAGUUUCAUCUUCCUGUUUUCCUCAAUGAUCAACCAGAUACCCCACUGGGAAUCCCACACAUAAGCAUGUGAUAGGCAGCAGCCCUCUCUCCCAUUCAUAUUCUGCAGCAGCAGGUAUUCAGAGGCACACUAUAUCUGAUACUGGAGGCAGCUUCAGCCAGUGGGAGCCAGGUCAAAGCCAUUUGCUUCCUGUUAGUAGUUUGAGGCAUCAGUUGCCCACCAGACUACUCAUAUGUAUAUUGCAGCAUGGCUGCGUAGGGCCAGCAGGCUUAUUUGGCUCUGUGCUGUGGAAAGGUCAGUGAGGUUGGGCUGAGCAGCAGUGAGAGCCCCUUCAGCUCUCACCUGCAGAUGGUGAAUCUAAUACCCUUUUUUCCUGUGAGAGACUCCUCCUUGGACCCCUUCUUCAUGUCAGGUACAACAGCAGGGCUGUAGAUCAGAUGGCUGAUGGCUCUUUGUCCUCCACAGCUUGUGCCCCAGCUAGUCCGUAUCCUGAAGAACCUCAUCAUGUCUGGUUAUUCCCCCGAGCAUGAUGUUUCUGGAAUCAGCGACCCCUUCCUGCAGGUAAGGGCUUUGGGGCCAGGCACAUGCUGGGCAGGGAGAGGAGUGAAUGUUGGCCAGGGAAUGGAGCUCCCCCCAGCCUCCUCAAGUAUGAAGAGGAUCCUGCAGUGACUGACUUCAAGACCCAGAGCCUUCUGGGUCCAUUGUAGCUCAAAAGGAGAACUUUGUCCUUUUCAGGUGCGAAUCCUACGAUUGCUGAGAAUUCUAGGCCGAAAUGAUGAUGACUCAAGUGAAGCUAUGAAUGACAUCCUUGCCCAGGUGAGGGGUGCAGCCUACCAAAUCAUUGCUGGGAGGCGGAAGGGAAGGUGGUGCAUUGGUCUAGAGGGAGGAAGCUAGAAAGUGAGAUUGUCUGUCUUGUGUUCCAGGUGGCCACGAAUACUGAAACGAGUAAAAAUGUGGGAAAUGCCAUUCUUUAUGAAACCGUCUUAACUAUCAUGGACAUCAAGUCUGAGAGUGGCCUGCGAGUACGUAAUCUUGGGUUUGUGGGAUCCUAGGAGAGACACUGAGCAAAACAAAGCUUUGUGGCCCAUCACAGUUUCUCCAGCCAUAGCCAAGCGUUCCCAUGGGGGCUGACCUCUAAAUGAUGUUUGAGUCAGAUGAAAGCAGCUCAGGGCUCUUGUAUGGAAGCAGACCAGCUGACAAGGAAGAACCUGGGUCACUGAGGUUGCUCAUAGAUCCAAUCCCCUUUGGGAGUUUUUUGGCUGGAGAGUGAAAAGUAUCAACAAGUAGAUGUUCCUGACCCAUGUCUCUUUGCUUGUCUCUUUCUAGGUGUUGGCCAUUAACAUCUUAGGCCGAUUCUUGCUCAAUAAUGACAAAAAUAUCAGGUAGGUCAGAGUACAGGUCCAGGAUGGAAAACAUGUUCUAGUUGGAGCAGGCACAGCUUUCUCCAGGUCUCUUGUGGCAAUAUUGGUUGUUUUUGACGCGUGGCCAGGGCAGCCGUUGCAGGUGAAGUGGUCAGUCCUUUCUACUGCCUGGGUCUGUACUGCCGCAACCAUAUGCACCAUGUGAAAUUCUGGGCUCUUUUUUCCACAUCCUAUUGGUCUAGCAGGCUACCUGGCUAGAAUUGGUUCUGAGAGAAAUUCAUUUUCACUCCCCAGGUGCUCUGAUACAGAUGGGAGGGUUAGAAUCCAUUGCCUAGUGGUUUGCAUUGGCUGCCCUUGCAAGUCACUCAACCUGCUUGCUCCAUCUCCCUUGGCUGCCUGGCUGUGCUGUCUUCAUAAGCCUUCUAGUGUGCUGUGACACAGAACAGCUGCCAUAGUCUAAAGCAACAGGUCUCUUUUUUCAGAUAUGUAGCUUUAACAUCCUUAUUGAAGACUGUGCAGACUGACCACAAUGCUGUACAGCGGCACAGAAGCACCAUUGUGGACUGCCUAAAAGAUCUGGACGUCUCCAUCAAACGGUGAGUCAGAUUGGUAUGCUAGGACUGUAGGUCCAGGUGGCCCAACCAUCUAGGAUUCAUUCUCGUGUCACCCCUCACCUGUCUCCUCUGCCCGCCACUGUGAGCCAGAAGCUACUUAUGAGGCAUUGUUGUUUAAAGCAUGGUCCCUUUUCCCACAGGGAACACCCUUAUGACUGUCCAAGUUCGUAACCAUCACUGCUUCUUGUGGGAGUAAAUAUCAUCAUUUAAGUAUACACUGUGUGAAGUACUUCCUUUUGUCUAUCCUGAAUCAUCUAACAUUCAGUUUCAUUGGAUAACCCAAUUUGGUUCUAGAGUGAGAGAAGGAGAAAAAACACUGCCCUGUCCACUUUCUCCACACCAUGCAUCAUUUUAUAUAGCUCGUGUCAUCUUGCUGUCAUCCCUAAUACUUAUUCCUGCCUAAAGUAACCUACUUUCUAGCUUUAAAGGGUUUGGAUCUGCAACCAAGAAGCUUGCUUCUCCUUGCAAACUCCUGCUCUGUCUUACUACUUGUUUUUGAACUUGGCCACCCCUUAGGUUUCAUACUGGGACCCUGGAGUGAUGAGAGGUGGGAGCCUUCUGGCUUGGCUGGUGCUGUUGUAGGAUGAAGCCUAAGAGUGAUCCAUCAACAGAGCGCCUGGCGCAAUGAUGACACUCACGCAGCUGACAAAGCACGUUUGUGGCCUCUGGAAAGCUCCUUGGGGUGAUGGGGAGACUUGUCUGUAUAGGGGCUGCAAAUGUGUAGGCUCUUGCUGGUGCUCAGGCCCAGGUCAGCAGAGCUGCAUCCCUUCCUGUCCCCUUCCUCUGAAUCCCUUCUUCUCCUCUUCUCCAGACGGGCGAUGGAGCUGAGCUUUGCUCUCGUGAAUGGGAACAACAUCCGGGGAAUGAUGAAGGAACUACUGUAUUUCCUGGACUCCUGUGAGCCAGAGUUCAAGGCGGACUGUGCCUCGGGAAUAUUUCUUGCAGCAGAGAAGUAAGAAAUCCAAAUAAUUUGUGUUUGUUUCAUCCUUUGUGGCCCUCUUCCUCUCCUGCUACCCCCCCCCCAACUGCUCUGCAGUCACAACUUCGGGAGGCCACAGCUCACUCCCACUUGCUGCUCACAGCUACAGCUGGGGAGGAGCAUUUUCAGGCUGGACCCAUCUCUGCCAAUGCUAGUCCUUCUGGUAAUGCUACCUGGAUACCAUCACCCUGUGAGCCAAAUGGCGGUAGUGGUCCUGUCACUCGCCCCUGGUGGAAUGCAGGGAUUUAGCUUCAUCCUCUCUCAAGCUAUGCAGUUGACUAAUCCAUGUCUGGAAAACCAAAAUGGCCGUACAUUUGGGAACUGAAGGAACAUUUGGAGAAGGAAUGUCCUCACAGCUUUGCAUCUACUGUGUUUUUCAGAUAUGCUCCUUCUAAGCGCUGGCACAUAGACACAAUCAUGCGAGUCUUGACAACGGUGAGUGCUGACCUUGUCUGUUGUUCCUGUAUCCCCAAACAGUUGUUCUGAGCCUUAGGACCUGUCAGUUCUGUGUGUCCAAGAGCCACCAAUGGAGGUGGUGGACUUACCCAGGGGUUCUUGUUUGGUGGGGAUAGAGGGAUUUUUACGUAGUUCUGUAACUCUUGAGGACUGACUGCUGCAAUGUAUUUUGCAUGGGGGUUGCCUCUGAAAAUGAGGUGGGAGCUUACACUACAAGUGCAGGCUGCUGCUGCUGCUGUUGACUUAAUGAAUGAAGGACAAGGCUGCAUUAGUUCUAGGGGCUGCCUGAGUUCUUCUGGGCCCAAUUCGCGGUGCUGGUACUUCAGGUUAAAAUCACCCUUUAAAGCAAUGGCAGCCCAGGACCAGCCUCUAUAAAGACUGUCUUCUGAUCAAACCUUGCUCUAUUGAUCCUUGACACAUGAAGGAAAGUCAUUGGCAGCCAGGAGUGGGGGUUUUGCCACAAUUCCUUCUGGCCUGAUUGCCAGAGGGAAGUCAAAAGUAGCUCAUCCCCACUUAGGGCUCGGCAAAGACUUGCAAGAGUUGUAGCUUUUGGAAACUGGUUUGAUUUGGGGGGGGGGGUGCUUGCCAAAUAUGCAAUGGUGGUGCAGUUAAUUGUAGCUUUAAAUCUUACUGCAUUUUUAUGUAAGCCAUCUUUACCCUAAGAAAAGUGGUAUAUAAAAAAACUAAUUGACUACAGCAGUGUCUAGAAAUCUGCUUUUGAGUACCACUCCCUGGCUUUCUUGGAUGAUGAUGAUAAAUAAUAAUUUAGUAGUAGUAGUAGUAGUAUUGUUAUUAUUUAUUUAUUCCCCACCCAUCUGGCUGGGUUACCCCAGUCACUCUGGGCAGCUCCCAACAGAAUUAAAAGCACAAUAAAACAUCAAGUGGAUGGCUUGUAAACCUCUCUCUGGGUCCUCUUUCCAGGCAGGGAGUUAUGUUCGUGACGAUGCUGUACCCAACCUUAUCCAGCUAAUCACCAACAGCAUGGAGAUGCAUGCUUACACUGUGCAGAGACUCUACAAAGCCAUCAUGGGUGACUAUUCCCAAGUAAGUCCCCAGAGUGAUGCUGGUGGUGGGUUGGGUUGCAGAGGAGAGGGAGGGGAGGCAUUGUGUCAAUGAACCUCUGUUACUUUGGGUAAGAAGAUUGCAUUGCUGAGUUCACCUGUCCUCCUUCUCCUUGGUAGCAGCCCAUGGUGCAGGUAGCUUCCUGGUGUAUAGGAGAGUAUGGAGACCUCUUGGUGUCUGGUCAGUGUGAGGAGGAGGAGCCAAUCCAGGUACGCCUACUUAAAGGGAUAAAGAUUUUACUUGACCUCUGGUGAAGUUUUCUCCCAUCUGGCUCAUGGCCCAUCCUUCUUAACUUUGCCUUUUGGCUUGCUCAGGUCACAGAGGAUGAAGUCCUUGAUGUAUUGGAAAGUGUCCUAGUCUCCAACAUGUCUGUGUCUGUCACACGAGGCUAUGCCCUCACUGCCAUCAUGAAGUUGUCCACUCGGUUCACUUGCACUGUCAAGUGAGUAUUUUCAGGGGUGGGGCGGGGAGGGGGGGCUCUGCCUAUGCUGCUUGAUCUUUAUUGCAGUCCUUGAAAUAAUCAGGAGGUAACUGGAUCCCAUUGCUUGCUGCUGUGCAAGCUUCAUGAACUCUUACUUUGUGGAUCUUAACCAGCACCCCCCCAAAAAAAAACCUAGCCACAUGCAUAUUUCCAUGUUCUCUCAUCCUGAGAAGGAAGUGCCUGGUGAGGGGUCCAGCUGUACUUCUGUGUUACAGAGGCCAGGCAUUGCCACUAGUCCAAGGAGACAUAGUUGAUUCCCAAGGACCCCAAAGGCUGGGCCAAGACACACACAGCUGCAGAGCUACAGUUGCAGAGCUGGUAGAAGUACUUGCUCCCUGCUAAGCUGCAGCCCCUGCCCUGCUGCCACUUGUCACCAUUUCUUUCCUACAUCUCUAGCCGCAUUAAGAAAGUGGUGUCCAUAUACGGCAGCAGCAUUGAUGUGGAGCUCCAGCAGAGGGCAGUGGAGUACAAUGCCUUGUUUAAGAAGUACGAUCACAUGAGGUGAGUGUUAGAGGACACUGCUGUCCCCAUGCCUUUUGACCUUCAGCCUGGUGGGUUGGAAACCUGCAGUGUUGCAGUAGUAUCAGUAUCACCAUCUUACAAACAUAUGGUGGUAAAUUAAGAAGUGGGUCCCACACCUGAAGAAGGUGAAGACCUCUUGGUGUCUGGUCAGUGUGAGGAGGAGGAGACCUCUGCCUGGCUUGACACCUGUUGGUGAACAUUUCACAUGAGCUAGCAGGGAACCAGGGGACAGUGCUGAUUGCAACCAACCAUUUCUAGUACGUGACCUCUAUAGGCCCCAAACCAUUAGCCCCAUAGAAGAGACAGCGUAGAGACUCUUACAUUGGUUCAUGUGACUCGGGGAAGCUACUGGUUGCCUCAGCUGGACCUAUUUGCAUAGCAAAAAUAGAGGACUUGAACUGACUAAAAAUAGAUUGCCUCUGUCAUUGACUGGUUGGGAGCUCACCCCCUCUCUACACCAGAUCUGAGGAGUAACUCCUGUUCCUCCUAGCCUUUGAGUUGUCCAGGAGAUAACAGCCUUGCCACUUUGCAGGUCAGCCCUGCUUGAGAGAAUGCCAGUUAUGGAGAAACUGACCACCAAUGGCCCCACAGAUGUCACUCAACCCAAUGGGGAGGCAGAGCCAACAGUGCUGGAGACCAAACCUCCCCCUUCUGGCCUCCAGCCCACCAGCCAGGUAAGAGAAGGUGCUGCCCGUGCAACACUCAAGAUAGCUAUUCCUCCCUCCCUUCCUGCAAACAAGAGAGCAACAUUGCAUGGGGUUGCUGCUUUCUUAGACAGCAUCAAAGACUCCUUUGGGAACUGUUGCUUUGCAGCCCACGGCUGGCUGCAGGAGCAAUUGUGGAGCCCCCACAGGAACAGGAGGCAGCUUUCUCUGCUGGCCCGCUCCAGCCUUCAGAAGCUAAUGUUGCUCAGGGAGGUUUUGAGACUAGAUGGCUUCCUUGGCUAAGUGCCUUUAACAGUCUGAUUUGGUGUUUCCUACCAGGCAAACGACUUGCUGGACCUGUUGGGAGGUAACGACAUCACUCCCAUCAUUUCAACAGCCCCUCCAAAUAAACCAGCUUCUGCUGGUGGGGAGCUGCUGGAUCUCCUAGGGGAUCUCAACCCAACAGGUGAGGUGCUGGACAUGUGGAAGUGAGAUUCAAGGGUGCGGGGAAGAAACUGAGCAAGAUCUCUUACUUGUUGGAGGCACUGGCGCUGGUCCUUACCUUGAAGAACGUCAGCCUAACCCUGCCCUUUCUUUCAUAACUGCUCCUGUAGGACCUCCAGCUCCUGCCCCACAGAUAUCGCAACCCCCAUUUCUGUUGGACGGACUUUCUUCGCAACCCAUCUUCAAUGACAUAACUGCUGGUAGGACUGUAGAACCUCGCUGUUUGAGCAGCGGCUGAGGUGGGCGGGGAAUGUGUACUAUAGACUUUGUAAGGGCCAGUUGGAGAGGGCACCUUCCAGGACUCUGACCAGUACUGCAUCUCCACAGGCAUUCCCCCAAUCACGGCCUACAACAAAAAUGGAUUGAAGAUUGACUUUGCCUUUGAACGCUCAAACACCAACCCCAGCGUCACCGUGAUCACAAUACAGGCCUCCAACAGCACCGAGCUGGACAUGACAGACUUUGUUUUCCAGGCUGCGGUACCAAAGGUGAGGCUGGUCUUUGGGGCAGGAGCAUCUGCUUCGGUGGCCUCCUAGCUGCAGUGGGACAGACAGUGUUUCCAGGCAGACUUCCAAGCUCCAAGCUGGCUUGGCUCCAAAACUGUAGAUGGACCCUUAGGACCAGCUCUUUGCCUUUGAUAUGGUCAUAAGUGUCUUGCUGUGGCAGGAAAAAGGAGCACAUUCUGAUGAGAGGCAGAGGGCUAGGUGCUGUGCAUCAUUUUUCACUGUACUUGGAGUUGAGCCCGUGUUUUGGGCCUCCUGUCUCCUGCAGCAGCAGCAGUAGUUGCAGCAGAAAAACCAGGUGAAAGUGUGCCCCCUUCUUCCUUUUGUUUGCCUUCCUCCAGACAUUCCAGUUGCAGCUCCUGUCUCCCAGUAGCAGCGUCAUCCCAGCAUUUAACACAGGGACCAUCACACAAGUCAUUAAAGUCCUGAAUCCCCAGAAGGUGAGCAAAUGAGCAAGUGAGUGACCAUGUUCAGCAUGGAGGCUGAAGGAGCAGCUGGGCUGGGAGUGGUGCCCAGCCUCUGAGUGCUUGAUGGUACAGGUCAUACAUUGGUUCUGAAGGCCUCUAGUUGUGGCUGUUCUGUUCGGUGGGUGGGGGUGGCAUUGAACCUUCAGGGGCAGAAUCUUAACAGCUGUGUGGUGCUUUUAGCUUCAUAGUCCUGCUGGAUGAACUCUGUGCCUUUUGGCACCCAUUUAACUGAACGAAAUUGAGGUGGUUCCACUGCAGCUUCUGCAAGAGUGGUCCCCUCACCCCUCCUGCCCAGAUCUUCUUCACCUCUCCUUGUUUCAUCCCGUUUGUAGCAACAGCUCCGCAUGCGGAUCAAGCUGACAUAUAAUCACAAGGGCUCAGCAAUGCAGGACCUGGCAGAAGUCAACAACUUCCCCACUCAGUCCUGGCAGUGAGCUCUGGCCCCACCCUCCUCACCCCACCUGGUUGGCCGAAGGAACGCUGGGCAGAGCGCUGUGACUCCAGAAAUCCCCCCACUUGCACCAUGGCCAGGGGAGCUGACGAGAGCAGCGGCUGCUGCAGAGCAGGAGGACUGGCCUUGCUCACCUUGAUGAAGCAUAUCUCUUAAGACACUUGCUGGCUCGCUCUCUCUUCUCUCCUCUCCUGGCUGCUGAGCCACACUUGCCACAGAAGCCACGUUCCCCUUGUUUUGGAAGGGGGGAGGGGAGGUGCACUGUGGCAUGUGCAACUGUUUCUCCCCGCCUGCCAUCUUCUCUCCUCCGGUGGGCGUGGGCGAGUGAGUGAGUGAAGCGAGUUUUGUUUCGGCUCCUUGCUAGCCGGGUUACCACCUUCAGGCACUUUUCAUCCAGAGUUCAUGUUGGAAAUGUAUUCCAAGGAUGCUGGUGACCCUUUCUCCUUGGAGUUCCCUGACGUGGGGGGCCUUUUCUACGCUUGACUGCACACCCCGAGGGCAGUGGCUUGAGUCUGAGAAGGGGAUGGAUAGGUGGACCUGCUGUUCUGGACAGAAGCUCUGUUUUGGAGGAUUCAGUGGUGGAGGCAGCAACGUCAAGCCCUCUUUGGCCAGUGCCUCCCUCUCAGAAAGCAUCAUGAUGGACGAGACUGGCUGCUCCUUCCAGCAAGUCGCUCUUCAGCGUGCCCCCACCCCAAAUCUUGGAACUCCUCUUGUCUGAUCCUUGGCUGUCAGCUGUGGUAGGUGGGUAGAAAGGAAAUGUGUGUUGCUUAAAGAUGGAAAGGGGGGGCACCAUUUGCCUGCAGAAAGACUCAUCUCAAGACUCCACUGCAAAGCUGCUUUCCCCCCUCAGCCCUUUUCAUUUCCUGAGUCUGUCAGAGUCCUGGAUUCCAUUUGAAUUCGUUCUCCUCCUGGGACGUUUGUGUUGUAUCUGUAAUAUUGGCACUGAAAAUAAAGACCAUGCGGUUUAAUGAGACCUU